AUGGCGGCGCAGGGGACCCAGACGAAGACGCAGGCGGCAGGAGGUGACCCCGACGCCGCCGCCGCUGCCGCCGCCGCCUGGGUCUGCCCACAGCCUGGCACCAGGCGGCAGCGGCGGCGGCGGACCUGGCAGGUGCAGCGCCCUCGAAGCCCCGGCGGUCGCGCGCGCCCUCGGAGCUCCCGGGCAGCUCCCCGAGGUGGCUGCCGCGGGCGACUCGGCCGCUCUGGAGCCGAGUUUCUGAACUUUCUCGGAAAGCGGAGGCGGAGGCGGCGGCGGAGACGCGGCGCCGAGCGACUCCGGCCGCUGCCGGGCGCGUUCGCUUGUAAUCCGGCUGCGAGCGGGCGGCGCCGACCCCCUCACGUGACGUCACGGCCACUGCCGCCGCUCUCCGCGCUGCGCGGGGCCCGCGCCCCCGCCACCGAGGCCGCGCGCCGGGCCCCGCGCUCCCAUUGGCCGCGCCCGCGCGAGCAAGCGACGCCGACGUACUGGGAGCCAAUGGACGCGCGACUCUCGAGCCCGUCAGCGAGCGCGGCUCGGGCCCCGCUGCUCUUUUGA